AUGAAACAAUGCCAAUGCGUUACACCCCCCAGUGGCCCUCUACCAUGCUUACCAUACGAUUCUCGCUUCCAAGCAGCAACAGUUGAAGAAGCAAUGUCAUCCUUCCCCGAUCUCACUAUAGAUCAGGAAGAACCAGGACAGGCUGCAACUUUAGAAGAAGAGAUUAAAUGCAUUUCGAAAGCAUGUCAAGACUGUCGUAAGGAUAUGCGAAAAAGACUUACAGAGAUCGGCCUUAUGCCCCAAGACAUAACCGACAUCAUCCAAGUAACAAAUGCAAGCACAUGCCAAAAGUACAGAUUCGCUCGAAAAGACGAGGGAGUACAUGAUGGAUUACCGCGUAAGCUAUUAUGA